UAAUUUUACCAACAAAGAAUAAAGCAUCUGGAUCAUUUCACUGGAAUUUUGAAAGAUUUUUUUCGAUAUCAUUAGUUCCAUUAACAAUCACUUCAGUUAUAAAUGGAGCACAUCCGAUUACAGAUCUUUGUCUAGGAAUAAUCUUACCAAUUCAUUGUCAUAUUGGAUUUGAUACAAUUAUUACAGAUUAUUUGCCAGCUCAUAGAUCACCAAAACUUAACAAAGUAUCUACGUGGGGAUUAAAAGGUGCUACAUUGUUGGUGCUUAGUGGUUGUUACAUGAUUAAUACACUUGAUGUGGGAAUGACUGAAAUCGUAAAAAGAGUUUGGCAUGCUUAA